CGAACUCCGGGUUGUCGUGCGGCAAAUGUAAGGCUGCUGCACGCUGCUGCCCUUCGUGGCCAAGGGACAAUUUUGGAGAAAUCAUGCCGAGAUACACGGUGCAUGUCCGAGGAGAAUGGCUGGCAGUGCCGUGCCUGAACAGCACCAGCACCAUCGGGUGGCUGGGAAAGGAAGCGCUGAGGCGGUACAUGAAAAACAAACCCGACAAUGGGGGGUUUGCCUCGGCAGAAGAGGUGAAAUUUUACAUCCGAAGGUGCAAGGGUCUUGGCUUGCUGGAUCUUGAUGAUAAAGUGGAGGAUGCCCUAGAGGACAAUGAAUUUGUUGAAGUUGUUAUAGAAGGAGACAUAAUGUCUCCAGAUUUCAUACCAUCCCAGCCAGAAGGAGUUCACCUAUACAGCAAAUACCGAGAACCAGAACAGUAUAUUUCUUUAGAUGGCAACAGCUUAACAACGGAGGACUUGGUUAAUUUAGGAAAGGGGCUCUACAAGAUAAAGCUCACUCCUGAAGCUGAAACUAAAGUCAAACAAUCAAGAGAAGUGAUUGAAAGGAUUGUAAAGGAAAAGACGGUUGUUUAUGGAAUCACCACGGGGUUUGGGAAGUUUGCCCGGACUGUCAUCCCAAAUAGCAAGCUGACGGAGCUUCAAGUGAACUUGGUUCGUUCCCAUUCUGCAGGUGUGGGGAAACCUUUGACCCCAGAGAGAUCUCGCAUGCUGUUGGCAUUGAGAAUCAAUGUCCUAGCAAAAGGAUACAGUGGCAUAUCCCUAGAAACACUCCAGCAAGUUAUUGAUGCCUUUAAUGCAUCCUGCCUUCCUUAUAUCCCAGAGAAAGGUACAGUUGGAGCCAGUGGAGACUUGGCCCCCCUCUCUCAUCUUGCGCUAGGAUUAAUUGGAGAGGGAAAGAUGUGGUCCCCAAAGAGUGGCUGGGCUGAUGCUAAAUAUGUCCUGGAAGCCCAUGGUCUGAGACCAAUUGCCUUGAAACCAAAAGAGGGCCUGGCUCUCAUCAAUGGGACACAAAUGAUCACCUCACUGGGAUGCGAAGCGGUUGAAAGGGCCAGUGCUAUAGCUAGACAAGCUGACAUCAUUGCUGCCCUUACACUUGAAGUCUUGAAGGGUACCACAAGGGCCUUUGACACUGAUAUCCACGCAGUGCGCCCACACCGAGGGCAGGUUGAAGUGGCGUUUCGAUUCAGGUCCCUUCUAGAUUCUGACCAUCAUCCAUCAGAAAUAGCAGAGAGCCAUAGAUUCUGUGACCGAGUUCAGGAUGCGUACACAAUGCGCUGCUGCCCCCAGGUCCAUGGAGUUGUAAAUGAUACAAUUGCUUUUGUGAAGGACAUCAUGACAACUGAAAUCAACAGUGCCACAGACAACCCUAUGGUGUUUGCUGAAAGAGCAGAGACCAUUUCUGGAGGAAAUUUCCAUGGUGAAUACCCUGCAAAGGCUUUGGACUAUUUGGCAAUCGGUGUGCAUGAACUUGCUGCAAUUAGUGAAAGAAGAAUUGAGAGGCUCUGCAACCCCUCACUCAGUGAGCUGCCUGCCUUUUUAGUCACUGAAGGAGGUCUGAACUCUGGCUUCAUGAUUGCACACUGCACAGCAGCUGCCCUGGUUUCUGAGAACAAAGCCUUGUGCCACCCCUCUUCUGUGGAUUCUCUCUCAACCAGUGCUGCAACAGAGGAUCACGUGUCCAUGGGAGGAUGGUCUGCAAGAAAAGCUUUGAGAGUUAUUGAACAUGUGGAACAAGUUCUGGCUAUCGAGCUGCUUGCAGCCUGCCAGGGUAUUGAAUUCCUACGCCCUCUCAGAACGACGACCCCAUUGGAGAAGGUUUAUGACCUUGUGCGCUCUGUUGUGAGGCCUUGGAUGAAGGAUCGUUUCAUGGCCCCGGAUAUUGAGGCAGCUCACAGGCUGCUGGUGGAGCAGAAGGUGUGGGAAGUGGCUAGGCCUUACAUUGAAAAGUACAGGAGGGAACACAUCCCUGAGUCAAGACCCAUUUCACCAACAGCUUUCUCCCUGGGACUGAUGGAUAUCAAUAGUGAUGCUGGUCAUGACCACAGGCAGCAGGAUAAUCUUUAAGAGCUGCUUGUAAAGAGCAGAUCCUUUCCAGGACCUUGCCAUUAUUCUUGAACUGAAUGUGGUUUUUCCAGGUGACUCAAUGGACAUGUCCAGCUCAGAAGCACAUGUAACAGAAAUGGCUUGCUAGUUUCCUUUGCAUGUGAAGGACAACUUUAUCAUGAUAGCACUGUUUUGACAGAAUUUCCUGAGCUUCCAAACCCAAAACAUUUGGAUCCCUGCUGAAAGCAGUGGAUGUUUUAUACAGGGCCUCCUGUACUUGUUUUUUCAGCUCUUCAUUUGUUUUAUCAUCUAUGCCAAUGAUAGCAAACAGCUUGGGUUUGACAUUCUCACCUUUUUUCUUUUUUUUUCCUUUGAGUAACUAACUGCUGUGGUCCUGUUCUUUCUGCCACAAGCAAAAUUAUCUUUACACUUAACUCUCCUCUCUUUUGCAGAUCACAUGUGAAAUACAAGUUCUUGUAUAACAGGAGCAUUGUUAGAACAAAUGCUUCAUCAAUCAGAAAAGCUGUGCACAUAAAAACGUGCUAUGGGGAUCGUUGCUACAGAACAAAUAUAUUGUAUUCUGGUGAAUGGACUACACUUAAUGCAGCUUACAAAGAGCUAUGGGCUGACAACUGUGAUAAAUAAACUGAGACUUCAUAUACA